AUGCAACAGAAAAAUGGGGAGAAGACUCGGACACCUCUGGGUGAGGAAGAGAGGGCUGGAGUGGUGGAGGAGAAGCCAGGAGGUGAAGAAAUGGAAGCAGUGGAGGAAAACAAAGUGGUAAAUUAGGUGAAAGUCAAGGGAGGUCCCUGGUCCCUGAAUGUGGCUCUCCACAUGAGCUCCGUGGAGGCCGCCAGCCAGCCAGAAAUGGACACGAAUGCUCAGGCUGACAGAGCCAUACUGUAGGUGGAGCACAAAUUUGGGAAGGUAUGGCAACACUACCUAGAGCAGAGGAACUACAUCAUUCAGAAUAUCCCCAGCUUCUGGGUCAGGGCCUUUUGGAACCACCCACAGCUGUCCAUCCUGAUUAGAGGCCAAGAAGCAUAGAUGUUUAAGUACAUAACCAAUAUGGAGGUGAAGGGCUUCAGAUACCCUAGGAUGGGCUGCAAGUUCAAGUUUUUCUUUCUAAGAAACCCAUAGUGCAGAGACAAGCUCACUGUCAAGGAAUAUGAGGUUAGAACUCCCAGCCAAGUGAUGUCUCUUGCCACUCCAUCAAGACUUCAUAAGAAUCAAGACGUCAUCUGCAGCUUCAUUGCCUGGUUUUCAGACCACAACCUCCCAGAGUCUGACAGAAUUGCUGAGAUUAUCAAAGAGAACCUCUGGCCAAAUCCACUUGAAUACUACCUAUUGCAUGAAAGUGCCCGUAAAGCUAGACUUGGCCAGAUAAGGAAGCCAGUAGAGAUCUCCUUGAGUUCCAAAGUGAUUAACCUCACCCUUGAAAAUACUCCCAUACAAGAUCCCCUACCAUUUCCUGCUGGACCUGUGCUUUGGCAACAGCACUGGAAAUACAAUUUGAAUAACUUGGUCUCAUCAGAGGCUGAAGACUUCAGAGAUUGUCGUCUUCAUGGGAAAAUUACCUACAAAAAAUUUGUGGCCCUGAUUAUCUUGACAAUUUACCCUGGUAACAACCUAGCAAAUGAUAGAUCGCUUUUCCUAAACAGCAAAAAUACUUGUGAGAUUUCUCUGUAA